AAAACUCAAAAAAUGAGUGUACUGACCUGUUGUUGUAGUUUUCCUAUACACACUCCUUCUUACUGUGCCAUCUACUUUCCUUGCCAUAAAGACGUCUAGGAAUGGUAAAGUUGAUUGCUGAAUGGGCAUCCUUAAACUUGCCAAGGAUGUUCAUUGUAUCAAUUUCGUCUUUCAUAACCAGAAAUGUAUCUUUCAUAUAUCGACAGCAGAAAUCCAAGUCAUUAAUUACUCCUUUCAGGGGUCGUUUCUCUAAUUUAGCGAGGAAAAAUUCAGCUAGGAUUAGACCUGAUGAGGAACCCAUGGCUACAACAUCAACUUGUCUGUAAUAUUCCUUAUUGAAUGAGAAAUGGACAUUCAUUGUACAUCUUAAAAUAAGUUCUUUUAAGAUGGAUACAGAAAUGCCGAUGUCU